AGUGUGCUGCACCAGGACUCGACACACUGGAGCCAGAGUGUGUUACAGCACACAGUGGGGUCAGUGAUGUACACCACACACACACAUCACUUACUAAAACAGAAACUGAUCUGGGCUCCACCCACACUGGAGAUCUUAAGAUGGAGAGCCUUGACAGGACAGAGCUGGGAUGUGUAGCCCAUCUGCAUCCUGACCAAAUCAAAACAGAGGCUGAUGAUGGAGGAUACCUUAAGACAGAAUGCAUCAGUAAUGUACAGGACAUUGAUUGUGUGAAUAUCGACUCUGAUCGAAUGAAGUAUGAAUCCAAUCAAAGUUUUGUGAGUGAUUUCAUGAAUACUGUGGUGAACAGAGCUGGUGUUUAUCACAAUGGCCUGACUGAAUCAUGGCGAUGUGCAAAUUCAAACUUUAAAAAAGAAGAAAUUCCUAAUCUGUCAACCAAAUGUGGGGACUUAAAUCAGCACUGUGACAUAAACAAUGAAAAUAAUCACACCAAAAUUGUCCAGAAAAGUACAAACGAUUGCAACAAACACAUUUAUUGUCAGAAAGUGAAUGUUGCAAUUGAUCCCAUAAGUAAUUCAAGUAAAAACCCCAAUCUUCUGAAUUUCUGUCAGAUCAAGACGACUCGGAGAAAGAAAGGUGUGAUUCAUACAGAAGAAAAACCGUACAAGUGUAAACAGUGUAAGAAGUGUUUUAGUACAGAGUCUUGCUUAUAUGUCCACUGGAGAAUUCAUACUGGUGAAAAGCCCUACAAAUGCCCUCAAUGUGGAAAGUGUUUUUCAAAAAUAUCUGAUUUAAAUAGGCAUCAUAUAAUUCAUACAGGUGAAAAGCCCAAGUGUACCCAGUGCAAGAAGUGUUUUAGUACAAAUUCAGCUUUAAAUGUACACCUGAGAAUUCAUACGGGUGAAAAGCCACACCAAUGUUCUCAUUGUGGGAAGUGCUUUUGUACAAAAUCGGAUUUAAGUGUACACCUGAGAAUUCAUACAGAUGAAAAGCCCUACAAAUGCACUCAGUGUGGUAAGUGUUUUAGUGCAAAUUCUGUUUUAAAUCAACACCUGAGAAUCCAUACAGGUGAAAAACCUUACAAAUGCACUCAGUGUGGGAAAUGUUUUAGUACAAAUUUUGCUUUAAAUCGCCACCAGAGAAUUCAUACAGGUGAAAAGCCCUACAAAUGUUCUCAUUGUGGGAAGUGCUUUCGUACAAAAUCUGAUUUAAAUGUACACCUGAGAAUUCAUACAGGCAAAAAGCCCUACCAAUGUUCUCAGUGUGGGAAGUGGUUUUGUACAAAAUUGGAUUUAAAUGUACACCUGAGAAUUCAUACAGGUGAAAAGCCCUACAAAUGCACUCAGUGUGGUAAGUGUUUUAGUGCAAAUUCUGUUUUAAAUCAACACCUGAGAAUCCAUACAGGUGAAAAACCUUACAAAUGCACUCAGUGUGGGAAAUGUUUUAGUACAAAUUUUGCUUUAAAUCGCCACCAGAGAAUUCAUACAGGUGAAAAGCCCUACAAAUGUUCUCAAUGUGGGAAGUGGUUUUGUACAAAAUCGGAUUUAAAUGUACACCUGAGAAUUCAUACGGGUGAAAAGCCCUACCAAUGUUCUCAGUGUGGGAAGUGGUUUUGUACAAAAUCGGAUUUAAACGUACACCUGAGAAUUCAUACAGGUGAAAAGCCCUACAAAUGCACUCAGUGUGGUAAGUGUUUUAGUGCAAAUUCUGUUUUAAAUCAACACCUGAGAAUCCAUACAGGUGAAAAACCUUACAAAUGCACUCAGUGUGGGAAAUGUUUUAGUACAAAUUUUGCUUUAAAUCGCCACCAGAGAAUUCAUACAGGUGAAAAGCCCUACAAAUGUUCUCAUUGUGGGAAGUGCUUUCGUACAAAAUCUGAUUUAAAUGUACACCUGAGAAUUCAUACAGGCAAAAAGCCCUACCAAUGUUCUCAGUGUGGGAAGUGGUUUCGUACGAAAUCUGAUUUAAACAUACACGUGAGAAUUCACACAGGUGAAAAGCCCUACUCAUGUUCUCAAUGUGGGAAGUGUUUUCUAAAACUAUCACAUUUAAAUAGUCACCGGAGAGUUCAUACAGGUGAAAAGCCCUACAAAUGCACUCAGUGUGGUAAGUGGUUUUGUACAAAAUCGGAUUUAAAUGUACACCUGAGAAUUCAUACAGGUGAAAAGCCCUACAAAUGCACUCAGUGUGGUAAGUGUUUUAGUGCAAAUUCUGUUUUAAAUCAACACCUGAGAAUCCAUACAGGUGAAAAACCUUACAAAUGCACUCAGUGUGGGAAAUGUUUUAGUACAAAUUUUGCUUUAAAUCGCCACCAGAGAAUUCAUACAGGUGAAAAGCCCUACAAAUGUUCUCAUUGUGGGAAGUGCUUUCGUACAAAAUCUGAUUUAAAUGUACACCUGAGAAUUCAUACAGGCAAAAAGCCCUACCAAUGUUCUCAGUGUGGGAAGUGGUUUCAUACGAAAUCUGAUUUAAACAUACACGUGAGAAUUCACACAGGUGAAAAGCCCUACUCAUGUUCUCAAUGUGGGAAUCGCUUUUCCCGAGCGGCGUCUUUAAAUGUCCACCAGAGAACUCAUACAGGUGAAAAACCCUACAAAUGUGAUUACUGUGGGAGUCGCUUUUCCCAGGUAUGUAAUUUGAAUAAGCACCAAAGAAUUCAUACAGGUGAAAAACCCUUCAAAUGUAGUCAUUGUGGGGAUGGCUUUUCCCAGGCAUUUCAACUAAGUAAGCACCAGAUAAUUCAUACAGGUGAAAAACCCUUCAAAUGUGAUUAUUGUGGGAAUGGCUUUUCCCAGGCUUCUCAUUUAAAUACCCACCUGAGAGUUCAUACAGGUGAAAAGCCCUUCAAAUGUACUCAUUGUGAGAAGUGGUUUGCCCAGAAAUAUCAUUUAAGUCGCCACAUGAAAAUUCAUACAGGUGAAAAGCCCUUCAAAUGUACUCAUUGUGAGAAGUGCUUUUCACAGAUAGCUCAUUUAAAUGCCCACCUAUAUUUACAUUCAGGGGAAAAGCCCUACAAGUGUGCUCAUUGUGGGAAGGGUUUUCCUAGGAAAUCUGAUUUAAAUAAACACCUCAUAAUUCAUACAGGUGCAAAGCCUUACACAUGUUCUCAGUGUCAGAAGUGUUUUAAUACAAAAGGUAUUUUAAAUAGUCACCAGAGAACUCAUACAGGUGAAAAGCCAUUCAAGUGUGCAAAGUGUGAGAAGUGUUUUAAUACAAAAGCUAUUUUAAAUAAUCACCAGACAAUUCAUACAGGUGAGAAGCCCUACAAAUGUACUCAUUGUGGGAAAGGCUUUGCCCGGAUAUAUCAUUUAAAUAGCCACCAGAAAAUUCAUACAGCUGAAAAGACUUACAGGUGUACACACUGUGAGAAAUGUUUUCAUAAAAAAUCUGUUUUUACUACACACCGGAGAAGUCAUUGUGGAAGUUUCUAAAUUUGGUCUUAUUAAAGAUUGUACUGAUCAAGAAUAUAGUUAAAUGUAUGUGAUUAUGUGAAGAUCAAUGAAGAACAGCAGGUGUUCUGUGUUAUAUCUAAGAAUUUGUAACUAAGGAAAGACGGUGGCCUCUUUAUACACUGAUGCAUACGACCUAGAGAAUCUUUGAACCCCAGUUGCAGGAGGAAAAUUGUAAACAUUUACUUAGUGUAAUUUUGUAAGUAACUUAUGUUAGGAAACAGUCUUGUGCAGAAGACCUUUGAGUUGCAAGAGAAGAGAAAGGACACUGACCUAGAAAGAAUUGAUUUGCUAUGUCUAGUAAUUGUAUAGAUUAUAUUAUAUUACAAUAAAUGAAUGAAAAGCAAAGUAAUAACAGCAACGGUAAUGAUAUAAAUAUAGUCUGUGAGACAAUGAUGGUGUGUAUAUGAGUUAAAUAUUUCAUUUGGAUUACAGCCUGUAUUGAAUGCAUUUAAAGUGCAUGUACUUUGGAACUGGAAGAUUAAACAAUUGUUAAUCAUGAGAACAAAUACUUGUGAUUCAAAUCAUGCAUAUACACACCUCUGCAAGUGUGUGUAGUGAAAUAUCUGUCAUUGAUUAAAAUUGAAGAUUAUAUAAUAGUUAUUGUUAAGCUAGCUGGUGAAACAUAAGUGUGAGCUAGGCUGGGAUUGGUUGUUUUAGAGGGAAGAUACAUCAUGGUAGAAGGAGAUCUGGUUUUAUAAAAAGGAUGUAAAACAUAAUUCGGAGCUCUCUGUGUGUCUUUAUGGUACUGGAGACCUCCUGUCGGCCUACAUACAUGAAAAGGAUUAUUGAUUGAAAGAGAAUAAAAAGAUUAUUAGAAGAAAUCAUAAUUUCUAGUCUUUAUUCUUACAUCGCCGACUCACCCACUGAACCCAAGAAGAGGUUCUCCUCCACAUCGUACAGGUAAAAAUCCAUACUAAUGUAUUCAGUGAGGAAAGUAAUUUUCCCAAAAAUGUAAUUUACUGUAAGUAGCCCCCUGAAUAUACAUUAAGGUGAAAAGCAAUACACCUUCUAACUGUGGGUGGUAGUUUUCCCAAAGAAGUAAGUUAAAUUCACGUAAAAUACACACGGUCAGUGCGGGAUGCAUUUUUAUGGAAAAGAUAAUUCAACUUGCCACCAGAGUCUUCACACAGAUGAAAGGCCCUGCAAAUGAUUUUUGAGGUGUGCCAAGGAUUAAAUGUCCGCAAUGCAAGUACUCAGUGUGGGAAGUGCUUUUUUAGUUCAGGCCAUUUACCACAUGAUUGCCGUCUGAGAAUUCAUACAAGUGAAAGAUCUUUCAAAUGUAAUCAAUGUUUAAAUUAAAAAAAAAAAAAAAUCUUAUUUUCUUCAUAAAAAGACAACUCCUAUAAAUGAAGAGUUUGAGAAGUUUGCUCUGUGGGGAGCAUUUCAUGAAGGCAUCCUUGCAUGUAAUUUGUGUUGGAAGUGUUCCUGACAUCUAAAUUUAGAACGAUCUGAGAAUUCAAACAACCACCCCUUCUUAUUUUUAAGCCAAAGUCUCAUGUUGUGAUUUCCAAAUUCUUAUUUUGUGGAUGUUUAGAUUAGAGUUCAAAGAGAGAAUAAAAGGUGAAAGGCCAACCAUUUUGCAGUGUUUGCAGUAGCACAGUUUAAAGUUCUCAUGAUAUUCCUUGCUAAUUGUAUUUUGGACACGCCUCUGGAAAAAAAACAAAAACAAAAAAAAAAAA